CAAUUUUCACUUUUCACAAAUUUUCUGUUUUCGAGUACUAAAAAAUGCCUCUUGUGAAGCAACCUCUUCGAUUUGCCCACAGCGAAGGCCACACAGACCUUUGUUAUGAUGAUUGUGGAAGGUAUAUGCUGACUAGUGGUGCUGAGGGAGAUGUCCGUGUGUGGCAAGGUAUUGAUGAUGAUGAUGCAGUGUCUCAUCGAGCUGGAGAGAAGGUCUAUGCCAUUGCUUUCAGAAAUAAUAGAUUUUAUACUGCCUCAGACACAAACACUGUGCAUGCCCAUACCUUCCCUGAAGGAAAUCCUGACGGUGUUGUGACCAGAUUUACGGCUCCUGUCAACCAUAUGGUGCUUAAUAAAACAGGGACUAAACUUGCUGCUGGAGCCAGUGAUUUCACAGUCAAACUGGUCGAUGUCAAGAAUAAUGAACAAAAAGUGAUGAGAGGUCAUGAAGCUCCAAUAUUGAGUAUUGCAUUGGAUCCAAAGGAAAAAUAUUUGGCAUCGUCAUCAUGUGAUGGAACAGUCAGAAUCUGGAAUAUAGAUACACAAUCCUGUGUCAAGUCAAUUAAUGCAAUCCCCAAGUGCAAUGACUUCAGUUUAUCAAAGACAUUAUGUAGAAUUGAGUGGCAUCCGGAUGAUGGCAAGUGUAUUGCAGUACCUUUGGAUAAAGAGAUCCGUAUCUAUGAGAGAGACACCUGGGAUAACAUGAGAUAUUACACAGAUGUAACAGUAAAAGAGCCCAUCUCAAUAGCGACAUUCUCCCCUUGCGGUAAAUUCCUCGCUGCUGCUUGCCGAGAUGGAGCCAUGUUUGUUUGGAACUUUGAAACAAAGACGCGGGUGAUAUCAGAGCGGCAUGACAAGAGUUUACCAAUCUGUGCCUUGAAGUGGAACCCGAAGGGAAACCAUGAACUUGCUUACUGUGAUACUGAGGGGCAGCUGGGCGUGCUGGAGAACGUUGUAAGCGUGGAACAGGAGGAUGAGCAAGAAGAUGCGAUGUCUGCUGCACAGUAUGCCAGCCUCUUCGCCGAUGACGAUGAUGAUAAUGACAUGAUAGCAGCGAGUAACAUGGGAAAUGCUCCCGACAUUGGCGUGGAUGAUGACGAUGAUGAUGACAAUAGUCUGGAAAAACUAAAGAAGAGAAUAAUGGGAAUAGAUGAUGAGAAUUCGAAAGAUAUUGACAGCAUGUCCAAGGUUACAGAUAAUGAUCUCGACAGUAUGCUCGGAGACAUUCCUAGACCUGCUCCACAGAUCAUUCAGGCUGGUUACAAGCCGACUCCACUGCAGAGGCCAUUCCAGUCCAGCUCGACUCCUGUCCAACUCUCUCAGAGAUUCAUGGUCUGGAACUCAGUAGGCAUCAUCAGGCAGUACAGCACAGAGGAAGAGAACUCCAUUGAUAUUGAAUUCCAUGACACAGCCACCCACCAUGCUAUGCAUGUGACGAAUGAUCUUGGACACACGAUGGCCGAUAUGUCGUCUGAGGCAGUCGUCUUGGCUUGUGAAGCUGAUGACGGAUCACCUAGCAAACUUGUGUGCCUACACUUCUCUUCUUGGGACAAUUCACGCGAGUGGGCAAUAGAAAUGCCAAAAGGAGAAGAAAUACAAGCAACAGCCCUUGGUGAGGGAUGGGUGGCAGUCGCUACAGACAAACGUAACGUGCGCAUCAUCACCAUUGGAGGAAUUCAGCGGCAUCUCUUCAGCACCCCUGGGCCGAUUGUGACGAUAACUGCUAGUGGUUCUCAGUUGGGUGUUGUGUACCACAUGUGCCAUGGUUUACCAGGAGACCAGUGCUUGUGGGUGAAGUGGAUCAGCGUCAACGGCAGACGUCAGGGUCUGACAGAUGGUUGUCUGCCGCUCAGCCCCAAGUCUACACUCUCUUGGAUUGGGUUUUCACUGGAAGGGACGCCAUUUCUGAUGGAUUCGUCAGGAAUUGUUCGGAUGUUGAAUCGAAAAUUUGGACCUUCUUGGAUCCCUGUUGCCAGUACCAAAGAUCAUGUGAAAGGUAAAUCAGACGGUGUUUGGAUUGUUGGCAUCUUAGAACAUCCUCAACAACUCCGAUGCAUACCAUGUAAAGGUUCAUCAUACCCUCCAGUCCUACCAAGACCAGCGUUGACGAUACUUCCAUUCCAAAUACCAGUGUGUGAGACGUCAACAGAGAAAGGACAGUUUGAGGAAGGAUAUAUCCGAUCACAGGUUUUCAGCCAGCAUCUUGAGUUUGGUCUGGAAGCAGGGUAUGAUGAGCAUAGGAAAGGUGCUGUGACAGUAGCAGAGAGAGAGUGCCUGAUGAAACUGUUUGCUCUUGCUUGCAAAACAGAUCGUGAGUUCCGAGCAGUUGAAAUCUGCAAGAUGAUGCCGGAUCCUCAUACGGUGCAGCUUGCCAUCAAGUACGCCAGCCGUCUGAAUCUGAUGAGUCUGGCCGAGAAGCUGAAUGAUGUUGUGAGGAUGAAGCAUGAGGAGGAGAUGGCUAGAGCAUUGGGAACACCGUACCAGGAUGAGGAUGAGAACUAUAGACCGGGGGUGGAAACUGGUUACAGCCACCCAACGCCUGAGUGGAGCAGGCCUGAACGACAGCAGUCCCAGGAGUUGUUCAGCCAAGAGGAGGCCAUGGAAGCUGAGGAAGAAGACACAAGUAUAUCACGGCCAACGAUACUGUUAAAAACAAAGAAAGAUCGUCUAGAGGAGGAAGAGAUUGAAGAAGGACCUAAAUCACUGUUAUCACAGUCACAGGGUAGGAAAAAUCCAUUCAAGGUUGGCAAAAAAGAAGUCACCCCUGUGUCAUCAAGGGGUACCAGUGUAUUUGACAGUCUUACCAAAUCAAAGAAGACGGGGCCUAAAACAGCAUUUGGCCGGUGUCCUGAGCUCGCACCAGCUAAGAUGAAGAAGCCAACUAAUGUGAAGAAGAUCUCCCAACAAGCCAAACUAUUUUCGCCCAAGGAAAACACUGCCCCUGAACCUGAGUCUCCAGUUGAGAUUACUUCAAAUGGGACCACUGCAGAGAACAAGACAGUGUCUGCUUUCCAGUUGUGGUAUGACAGCAGCCGGAGUGAGUUGGAGGAGGAGCACCCUGAUGUAUCAGAGGAAGACCUAGCCAAGCUGGCUGCACAGGCCUUUAGACAAGUUCCAAAGGAGGAGAGAAAGGAAUGGAUGGAGAAAGCCAAAACAAUGAAUGCGAGUGGCGAGGAGGGAGAUUGCAAGAAGAGGAAACGUGAUGAAGAUCAGGAGAAUGUGAAUAAUAAUACUGAGGAUGGUGCUAUAGAGGAAAAACAAGACAUUGUGCAAGCGAAAAAGAAACCAGCUAUGUCUGGCAAGAGCAAAUUAGCUGGCUUUGCAUUCAGCAAGUAGAGCUACAUGUAUUAUGUGAUGAUCUCAAAGCACUGUGCUUCCAGAGACCUUGUACAGUUUCUCAAUUCACUGCAAUUACUGUAAAAUUUGGCCAUGAGCAGUUAUGUCUUUCUGUAUGGUGGCACCACUUAGUGUCGACUCCUGGCUGAGUUUACAGUACAGUACAUGCCCCUCCCACCAAGGACCUUUUGGGAAUAUCGGCCUUCCAUACAUGUACAUGUAAAUGAACUUCUGUGUCAGGAUUGUCAAUUUGGAAGCCAACAGUCCAUCAGUGAGGUCAUGUGUAUAGACACUGGUAAAUUAAUGUGCUUUCAAUACACCUUGUUUGAUUGUUAACUGCACAAUAUUGUAUGAUAUGUACAGUAUACACCGACCAUGAAUGAAUAAAGUUAUAUUUCUA